AUGCCGCCCUACCUAUCCCCCCUACAUAUAGCCAAACCCACGUUACCACCGACAUGCGAACCUGCGAACGAGUUCCUCUACCAUCUCUCGGCUUUCUUCCACACCUGCGUGCCUACAAACCUCGCUCUCAUCUCUACGUUACUCGGCACGUGUAGCAUCAUAUCAUGGCUAUUCGCACAGCUACCACAAAUAUACAAGAACCACAAGUUAAAGUCGACAUCCGGCCUGAGCGCUUUCUUUCUGACGGAGUGGCUGUUGGGUGACGUGACCAACUUGCUGGGUUGCCUUUUCACUGGGCAGGCAUCAUGGCAGAUUAUAAUCGCAGGGUACUACGUUUUCGUAGACUGCUGCCUAUGCGCUCAGUGGGUGUGGUAUGAAAUGCUGCAUCACGGAAGGCCUCUGAGGCCCAUCUGGGGACGUUGGAGCAGCGGUUCGGCUGGCAGCGGCUCGGGCGCUGGCGGCUCUGCUAUGCAUCAAGUUCUGGAUGGGAUGAGCAUCAGUGGUACAAACAAGACACUCAGCCCCCCGAAGACCCCUCAAGAUCCCUCCGACAAAAAGAACAGCACACAGGAUACUGCGGCAAAGGAUGUACCACGCUCAAACGGCAAGGACACUUUUAGAAUACCCAACUUCGCGCGCUCACCAAUGCCCACUAAAGAGUCGUGGCAAAACACACCUCCAUCUGGUGCAUCCCCGAACCCCAAGGUACGGGUAGCAGCGUCGAGCUCACCUAUGCCCUCACCCAAGACUGUCAUCUACGUCAGUCUUAUGCUUGCGGUACUCAUCAACCCUACUACCGCCACACCCAUAAGUCCUUUCGCCCCAGGUCUCGUCCGAGCCCGCAGCCUUUCUGCCUACACAACCACAACGACCAGUUCGGCCGACGCUGCGGCCAUUGCUGGCAAAGUCUUCUCUUGGAUGAGCACAUUCCUUUACCUUGGAUCCCGCCUCCCCCAACUAUACAUGAACCAAGUCCGCAAAUCGACAGCUGGUCUCUCACCCGCGCUCUUCGCAGCAGCCUUCUUUGGUAACCUCUUUUACUCGACUUCUCUGCUUACAAACCCCUGUGCAUGGUACGACUACGCACCUGGCGAAGGCUCUGGCUGGGUCGACCCUCAAGGUAGUGUGCGAGAAAAUUGGGUUCUACGCGCGGCACCCUUCUUCUUUGGCGCAGCUGGCGUUCUCCUCAUGGACGCAGCCGUUGGUCUUCAAUUCUGGUAUUUCGGCGACGCUGCACCACGCGGCCGGUCUGCGCUGCCCCGUGACGACGAAGUCAUCAUCACCGUCGAUGAUCACGGCAAGCUCGUGCGCAGGAGUAUGCAUUGGCGCCGAGUAAGCGGGUGGAUGAGGGGCUGGGCACCUGCUGUUAGUGUAGCUGCUACGCCCAAUGUGAGUCGCGCGAACACGCCCAUGGAUUCUCCGAGAGAAAGCAGUCCAGCCAGUUUGGCUGGCAGUAGCUCCAGCAAGAGCAUUCCUAUCAAAGGCAAGGGUAGUGCCUUGGACGAAGCCAGGGCGCUCUUGGGAACAAGCAGACAUGCAAGUCCAAGGAGUUAUGGGGCUGUGGGGAGUCCUCGGUAG